AACAUUGCUCCUGAAAAUGGCGUCAGGCUUUAGAAAUAAAAGAAUUAUGUAAGUUGGCAUGUCAUGUUCGAGUAAUAAUCUCCGUUACGUUUGAAAUGGCCGCUGCUUCUAAUAUAGAGAAGACCGUCUAUUUAGACUACAACGCAACAACUCCUCUAGCUCCUAGCGUUUUGCAAAUUAUACACGAAACGUUACGCGAUGCAUGGGGCAAUCCAAGCAGUUCCCAUUUUGCUGGAAAGCAAGCAAAAGAAAUCAUAAAUGUGGCGAGAAAUAGAGUGGCGACAAUGAUUGGUGCGUCGAACCACAAUAUCGUAUUCACAUCGGGCGGUACUGAAGCAAAUAAUAUGGUAUUUUUUAGUGCAAUGAAACAUUAUAACAACUGCUGCGACAAAAAAGGCGGCGAAAAGGCGCUACCGCAUUUCAUCACGUCGAAUAUCGAACACGAUUCUGUGAUCCUUGCCAUCGAAAAUAUGGUAAAGGAAGGUUUGUGUGAGAGAAGCAUUGUGGGAAUGUCACCAUCUACGGGAAUGGUGGAUGUUGAGCAGAUCUUUAAUGAAAUUCGACCAAACACGUGUCUCAUAUCUGUCAUGAUGGCCAAUAACGAAUCGGGUGUUAUACAGCCAAUAAAGGAGAUCGUUUCCCGAAUCAGAAGUUUGAAACAUUCCCAAGAUCUUGCUGACUGCAAUGCAACGAAGAUAUUCAUUCAUACAGACGCAGCGCAGGCCAUUGGGAAAAUUAAAGUGGACGUUUCUGAACUUGGAGUUGAUUACCUUACAAUUGUAGGGCACAAAUUUUACGCCCCUCGAAUAGGUGCAUUGUUCGUGAAGGCACCGUCCGAAGACACGCCACUUUUUCCAAUGUUAUUUGGCGGAGGCCAGGAGCGUAAUUUUCGUCCUGGCACGGAGAACACCGGAAUGAUAGCUGGUCUCGGUGAAGCUGCCCAACUUGUCAUAGAUAACCUCGAAGCUUACCAUAAACACAUGAAAGAGGUUCGUGAAUAUCUGGAGAAACGGCUUUUACAAGUGUUUCCGAAUCAGAUUCAUUUUAAUGGAAAAUUCAACGACGUCGAUGGAAGAAUUCCGAACACAUGCAACUUUUCCAUUCUCGGCUCCCAACUUCACGGUCAUCGCAUUUUAUCGCGGCUAAAAAAGACGCAGAUCAGCUUAGGCGCCGCAUGUCACUCUGAUAAGGUGUUUGCCCCUUCUAAAAUCCUUCUCGCUAUGGGCAUCAGUUACGACAUUGCCAGUAAUGCUUUGCGCGCUAGCGUUGGCAGAGAGACAACUUUCAGUGAUGUUGAUUGUGUAGUUGAUGAUCUUUUUCAGGCCGUAGUUGAACUCAAAAAAUGCUGGAGAAGAAUAGUGGUAAUAAUCCGAGAUUGAUCCCAAUCUAAUCUGUAAUUAAUAAGUCGCCCAUUUUCUUGUGCUAUAAGAUUAAGGGUUAGGAUUUGGGCUAAGCGUAUUUGUAGAACUCGGAAAUAGAUGCGACUUAAUCCCUUAUGUAAAUUUAGGAUUGUACCGCCGUAUAAUUUACCAAUGUAAAACGGUUUUAUAAUAAAAUUUAUAACUGCUAA